AUGUCUUCCACCAACAUCUUGCCAGACCAAGUGCAGGAAGUGCUUGGUAACCUCGGUCAACUACCAGAAUAUCGCAACACUACUUUCCUACAAAUCACAGAAAAGGUCACAUUUCCGCAAUUUCUUCGCGACCUGAGCAGAGCGAAUGGCAAUCAGUUUAUUAGCCGUCCUAUUGCAGAAGAAUCAUGGGCUUCGGCUUGCAGAACGUUAGCGGAUACUGCUUUUGGCGUUUCAAAAGACGUCACAUCGACUGGUCCUAAGGACCUUGUCUUGUUCGAGGCUUUUUCCCAGGUUGAGAGCUGUCCGAACUGGAAGGCGGAAUCAUUUUGGGCAGCCGCAUCUGAGCAGGCAAAACUCCAAGGAGUGAACCUAGAUAUUUCCCCGUCACUUGACCCGGAAAGAGCUUUCAAGCCACAAAAUAAACUGCUGCAGAAAAAUGUGACUACGGAUAUGCUGAACGAACAGACUCAAUUAUUGAGUAUUUCUACGGCUCGACAGGAUAAGCAGGACAUGACUGUUGCAACGGCUACGAUGAAGCUGGAUGGUGAGAAGAUGGAUGUUGAAAUGGGUGGGAAUACCGCGGCUCCUGCUCUUCCUACUGCUCGUAGAGUUAUGGAUGUCGACGAAGAUUACUCGGAAUUCGAUAUUGAAUAA